AUCUUAUAAUUCCAGCAUUCCUCGCAACAAAUCUAAUAUCAUUUUUACCGAUAACCCUUCAUCCAAAUCAUCUUGAACAACCUUUUUUACAUGUUUCAACUUUAUUUUCUUCUUGGGUUUCAAGAUUCUACCUACGCAAGUACGAUCAAAUUCACUUAAAGAAUUCAAUUUCCCAAACACAUAAUAGUAUUCAGAGUACAAAUAUUGCGUCUCUAAAUCGUUCUUGUCAACAUUUGAAUGACCUUUUAGCUUCUUGUAAACCUUUUUUGUUGUUUGAAAUAUCUUCAUUUCUUGCAAUUCAAAGUCGAUUGAAUCAUCCUCUUCUCAUUUGCGUUUUAGAUUUUGUGAGCUUUGAGAACUAA